ACUUGAUUGUCCAACAUCGAGCUGUCCAAUCGGAACGCAGGAUGUUGCAGCGUGAGAGUCAGCCAUGUUGUGGUUUUGAAUGAGGAAGAAGCGGGAGAUGUUAUUUAAAUAGUUUAUUUACAAAUAUAGCCAUAAUAAUGUCUUGUAAAUAAGUUGGGCUGAGACAAAAAAUGAUAGCAAAACGUCCGACAUAGCUCAUAGUGACUUAACGUCUUCUUGUUUAGAAUUUAAUCACGCGACAGUUAAUCAGCCGCGUAGCUAACAACGCUAGCUAGCGUGUUAGCUUAACAGCGCCAAAUCCAGGCUAACGAGCUAACAGUUGUGUCGGGGGAAGUAUAAUGGUUUAUGUUCGGAUUGUUAGCGUCUGUAACCACAUCAGCUAACCUACCUCAGUUGAAUGAAGCGCUUUAGUUUCUUUUGAUUUAAGCAAAAUAAGAGCAGCUAUAACUAUUUAACUUUAAGCCAGUGGCAUAAUUUCUGAAACUUUUGAGCCAUGUUAAAUAAAAUCUACGAAUGGGUAGGGACAAGCUUUGCCAAUCUUCGAAACGGGGAACCAGCUCCGCAAAACUCACGCGAAGACCAGUCAGCGUCUAUCGGCGAAUUGAGAAGAAAAAGAACAGUUGAAUGUUUGCAAGAUGGCCAUAACAUCGAUCAAGAUGGUUUGAUGAUUAAGAGAACACGGAUGGGAGAACUUAUUGAUUCAGUCAAGAGUGCAGCCGAAGGGGUCAAGAGUCACAGUACCUUUGUGUCAACUUGGAUGAAGAACAAUGCAAGCCCAUCUCUAAGAAAUAUUCUCCCUACCUCCCCUGGCUUGCCUUCUGGAGAGACACAGCCUUCAACAUCAUCAGUAGCCUUGACAAGGAGACCAAUCGCUGACAGGAAUACAUUGAAUAAGAAAUUUGUUGCUCCUUCAACAACUUUGGAAUGGAAAACGUCCAAAUCAGCUUUAGAGUUACUGCGCAAUGAGAAAUUUGUCAAAGGGUCAAAGGUCUGCCGGCGGCAGAUGUGCAUGGGUCUUGCCCAUCGUGAAGUGCCAAAAACAAAUGGACACUCGGUCAACGUGCCGCCCUUGGCCACCCCCAAAUCUCAUCUCAAUCCUCGAUUAGGCAGGCCGUUGAAUUUCCGAGCUCAUGGAACAUCAAGUUCGUUUAGUGAAGUGGGCACGGCGAGCAGCUCUGGCACCGGCAUGUAUGAAAAGACAUUUCCAAUCAAACUGGUUCAAAGCCCCACUCACAGCACCUCUUCCAGCCACUUACCAAGGACCAAACAGCACUGUACAGCACAAGAGUCCAUUUGUGAAGAAGAGAAGGAGAUCUACCGGCAGCUUCUGACCAUUGUAACUGGUGGCCAGUCGUCUUUCCUUCACAACGGCAGCUCACACAGCAUUGUGAGAUCGCACAGAGAUUUCACCAGCUUCCUCACCAGCCGAAGACUGCUACAGUUCUCCUCUCCAGCUCAGUCUGCAGCAGGAGGAACUUCAGAGGAACCCAGUAACUCUCCCAGCCCAAGGGCGACAGCCAGCCGGUGCUCCAGCAACAUCCCCAGUCCAGAGGGGACUUCCAUGCAUCCAGGGAUCCAAACGUGGUCUCAAGACCCGGACACCAACUCAAGCAGACCAGCCGCUCUCUCAUCAGCUCCGUCUCCAUCAUCUCUACAGGACAAUACCUCUCAGGACACACAGUCAUCAGCUCAAGAUAGCGACUCUGUUAUCAUUAUUAAUGAACAAAAGGGUAAAAGACAAGACAGCUCAAGUGUGCCAUGCUUCCAAGCUGAGUUAUGGAUCAAAGAAUUGACAAGUAUGUACGAUUCUCGAGCAAGAGAAAGACGAAGACAAAUAGAGGAACAGGAAGCUCUGGCCGCCCGGUUGCUGCGGCAGCGCUUGUCUAAAGAAGAACAGCGUAGUCCAGAUGUGGAGGUCCGAGUCAGAGUUCCUCUGGAAAAGGAGGUUCCUUUGACGAUCGUAGAGGAAGAAAAGCCUUUGAAAGAGAAACCAGAGUUUCCUGAACUUACAGAGAGCAUGGAGGCCGAAGUGAGCAGGGCACUUAAGGGCGGCAAUCCUCACGAAAUAUUAAGUGAAGGGUUUGGUCUCAGCCUCACACGAAAAGAUCUGCAAACCCUCAGCAAUCUCAACUGGCUGAAUGAUGAGGUUAUAAAUUUUUACAUGAACCUGCUGGUUGAACGAAGCAAGGAUCCCAGUCUGCCAUCGGUCAACACCUUCAACACUUUCUUUUACCCGAAGCUGUGCAGCAACGGUUAUUAUGCUGUCCGCCGCUGGACCAAAAAGAUGGACAUCUUUGCUAAAGACAUUCUGUUGGUUCCCAUUCACUUGGGGAUGCACUGGUGCCUCUCGGUGGUGGAUUUCCGCAAAAAGUCCAUAACAUACUUUGAUUCUAUGGGUGGGAAAAAUGAAAAAGCCUGCCAGGCAUUGUUUAAUUACCUGCAACUAGAAAGUAAGGACAAGAAAGGCAAAGAACUGGCUACCUCAGGCUGGACUCUGCACAGCAAAGAGUCAAAAGAAAUCCCUCAGCAGAUGAAUGGCAGUGACUGUGGAAUGUUCACAUGUAAAUAUGCUGACUACGUUACCAAAGACAAGCCAAUCACAUUCACACAGAAACACAUGCCCUACUUCAGAAGGCGGAUGGUUUGGGAGAUUUUAAACCACAAACUCUUGUGAUGUCACCUGUAUAGCUGGCUCACCUUUUCGUGAGAUGGAUGAACUCUUUCUCAGGAGGAUCUGCUGGAGAUGGUUCUUGUUUUCUGGGAAAGACUUGCACACCAGCUCCUCUUUUCAGGAACCAGUUGUUUUUUUUUUAUUCACUCAGCAGACGGCUGCUGUUGAGAUGAGAUGUUUCCAGUCACUGCCUCCCAGCCCUCCAGUAGGACAUUGCGUGUCGGCAAAAAAAAGAGUCUACAAUAUUGUACAACUCAGACAGAACUGGUUCUGAGUUCACCGUUGUGCUGACCUACAGCUCUUUACAGAAGUGCAUUUUCUAACAAGAAUCAAGCCCCUGAUGUGUGGCGGUAUUGUUAUGGAUUUACAGAAUUUUUUUUGUAAUACAAAAGGGCUGCCAAUAUUCAGUUGGUCACUUUAUGAAUGACAGCAUUUGCUUCUUUUUGAUAGACAGUAGCUGACUGACAUGAAAAAGACGGAAGCACUCCUCAGUUUUGUCAGAAGCUGCUGCAUCAGAGUCUGGUUUAUAAUUCAAAGGUAAAGCUGUCUGACCUUCACUCCCUCACAGCAGGACAAAAAAGUGUUGGCAUUUUCUUGUUUAUUAUUAUUAAAAUUGUAAAUGGAGUUUCAAAGUAUAUUUUAUGUAUCAGUCUUUGUUCAGCAGUACGGUUCAGGGGCAUAUACAUUAUAUUUUGUACAUACGUAGAACAUAGAGCCUACUAUGUAAUAAACAUUUUUUAUUUUAUCUUGGCCUAAGGAUGUUUUACAAAUAAAGUGGUCCAAAUAUA